AUGCCAUUUUUGGUGGGUGAGAGGAAGAGCAUCAGCCAGGCUUCUAGCAAUGAAGAGUUAGAAUCAGCGGAGGGUAACCAGGAGCCAGCAGCAACUCCUGAUGCAAUGGUGCAGCCAUUCACCACAAUCCCAUUUCCGCCACCCCCACAGAAUGGGAUUCCCACAGAGUAUGGGGUGCCACACACUCAGGACUAUGCCGGCCAGACCAGCGAGCACAAUCUGACGCUCUACGGAAGCACGCAGCCGCAUGGAGAGCAGAGCACGAACACAGCCAACACACAGAAUGGAUCCCUUGCACAGACAGAAGGAGGGGCACAGACAGAUGGACAGCAAUCACAGACACAGAGCAGUGAGAAUACUGAGAGCAAAUCCACUCCAAAACGACUUCAUGUGUCUAAUAUUCCCUUCCGCUUUCGAGAUCCUGACCUUCGGCAGAUGUUUGGGCAAUUCGGCAAAAUCCUUGAUGUAGAGAUAAUCUUUAAUGAGCGUGGCUCGAAGGGAUUCGGGUUCGUAACUUUCGAGAAUAGUGCUGAUGCAGACAGGGCCAGGGAGAAAUUACACGGCACCGUGGUAGAGGGCCGUAAAAUCGAGGUUAACAACGCCACUGCACGAGUGAUGACCAAUAAGAAGAUGGUCACACCUUAUGCAAAUGGUUGGAAGUUGAGUCCUGUGGUUGGAGCGGUGUACGGCCCUGAGUUAUAUGCAGCGUCCAGCUUUCAAGCAGAUGUCUCGCUGGGCAAUGACGCCGCAGUGCCCCUGUCAGGAAGGGGGGGUAUUAACACUUACAUUCCUUUAAUCAUUCCAGGCUUCCCCUAUCCAACUGCAGCCACUACAGCAGCCGCGUUUCGGGGAGCCCAUCUGAGGGGUCGAGGAAGGACAGUGUAUGGGGCAGUCCGGGCGGUACCUCCCACAGCCAUCCCUGCCUACCCAGGAAUAGUCUUACAGGAACCAAUCAUUAGCGCUAAAAUACCUCAGUUGACUGAAGAAAUGUUAACAUCCCGCUCUAAAUCUCUCAGUGGAGUCUCUGUUCCCUUCUCUGAUAUAACAGAUGGGGUGGAUACGCAGCCUACAGAUAUGCACAGCCUGCUACUGCAACAGCAGCCACGGCCGCUGCAGCCGCUGCAGCAGCUUACAGCGAUGGUUAUGGCAGGGUGUACACAGCAGAUCCUUACCAUGCCCUUGCCCCUGCCGCUAGCUACGGAGUUGGCGCUGUGGCGAGUUUAUACCGAGGUGGCUACAGCCGAUUCGCCCCCUACUGAAGUGACGUGAGCCCCCUGCAAGUGAGACAGCCCCCCCAGUUCAUGAGGCCUGGCUAUUGCAAUAUUUACUAGUAGAGGAACUCUAUAGCAAGACGAGGAGGAAAAACAAAAAAACAAAAGAGAAAAUACUUUUUUAUACCUCACUAUGUUCUUUGAAUAUGUAUUUUUUUUCCUUUAAAUUUCUGCCUUUAAUUCUUUUGUUCCAAAGAUUGCAUAUUUUUUGUUGUUGUUUUUUGGUUUUGGUUUUUUUUAACUGUGGUAAAAAUAAUGCAUUUCCAUGUCUAUAUGUUGGUGCAUAGCUUAUCCUACCAAUCACGGAAAAGGUGAUCAGCGAUAAGGAAAUCUGUUAGAAACUGCUAUCAUGCAAUUAAUCAGAACACGCAGACAGGGUUACUUCCCUGGGUCUGGUGCUUGGUGCCUGUGAGACAGGAGGACAUGAGGGAGAAGUCUCCACCUGCCGUGUUCCUGUUCUGCAGAAGGAAGCACUCUUUCACUGUGGCUGGGACCUAAAAGCUGGUGGGAAGUAGUCAUUUACAUUUGGAAAUAGUGGGAAAUGCAGAGACUUUCCUUGGUUUUAUAACCAUCUGAUGCGCACAGUUUUGUGACAGUUUCAGCAGUGUAAGGAGUU